UUCAUUAGGAAUAAUUUUGAUUGAAGUGCAAUUUCGGGAGGGGAUAUCAGACCACUUCACUAGCCUCCAUUGUAUAUACUAAAGGUCUGAAUGAUCUGAUGGAGUCCAAAGGUGGCAAGAAGAAGUCGUCUAGUAGUAAAUCCUUUUUGUUCGAAUCUCCCCUCGACUACAUCAUUGAAGACGUUCGCCCACACGGUGGAAUCAAGAAGUUCAGAUCCGCUGCUUACUCCAACUGCAUCCGCAAGCCUUCCUGACUUUCCCGUUGUUCUGUGACAUAGCCCCCGUCUUCAUUUUGUCUCCUCUUCCUUUUCUUUUUCUUUUUCUUUUUGUCUCCCUUGUGUUUUUGUUCUCUACCUACACAGCAAAAGUUUCCUUUCUUUUCUAGUCAAGAUGGCAGCCUCAGCCAUUGGUUUUGAAGGUUACGAAAAAAGGCUUGAGAUAUCAUUUUCUGAAAAUGGGGUUCUUGCUGGAGGAUCAGGUCUGCGAGCAUUGUCCAGGGACCAAUUGGAUGAGUUUCUAAAGCCAGCGGAGUGCACUAUUGUUUCAUCGCUUUCAAACGAUUAUCUUGACUCUUAUGUUCUGUCGGAGUCAAGCCUGUUUAUCUAUCCUUAUAAACUUAUCAUCAAAACUUGUGGGACUACUAAAUUGCUUCUGGCCAUUCCUGUAAUUCUCAAGUUAGCUGAUUCCAUUGACAUUUCUGUGAAAUCUGUAAGGUACACCCGCGGAAGUUUCAUUUUUCCCGGUGCACAGACAUAUCCUCAUCGUAGCUUUUCAGAAGAAGUCUCUGUCCUUGACAGCUAUUUUGGGAACCUCGGUAAUGGUAGCAAAGCUUACGCAAUGGGCGACCCUUCAAAGUCACAGUUAUGGCACAUCUACUCUGCAAGUUCUCAAGCAAAAGAAUCAUUAGAAUCCGUCUACGGCCUUGAGAUGUGUAUGACUGGUCUAGACAAGGAAUGUGCUUCUGUAUUUUUCAAAGAAAAUACAUCUUCAGCAGCUUUGAUGACUGAAAAUUCUGGCAUUAGGAAUAUCCUUCCACAGUCUGAUAUAUGUGACUUUGAAUUCGACCCUUGUGGUUAUUCUAUGAAUGGUAUAGAAGGGAAUGCAAUAUCCACUAUCCAUGUCACUCCAGAAGAUGGUUUCAGUUAUGCUAGUUUCGAAGCUGUUGGUUAUGACUAUGAUGACAUGACUCUAUGUGAACUUGUGGAUAGGGUUUUGGCAUGCUUCCGUCCAGCAGAGUUUUCUGUUGCUCUGCACAUUGACAUGCAUGGUGAAAAGCUUGACAAAUUUCCCUUGGACAUCAGUGGUUAUUACCGUGGAGAGAAGAGUACUGAAGAGCUUGGAGUGGGUGGUGCGGUUAUGUACCAACAAUUUGUUCAAGGCGAUGGCAGUGCGUCUCCCAGGUCAAUUCUGAGAUGCUGCUGGAGUGAGGAUGAAAAUGAAGAUGAAGCAAGGGAGAUAUGAUUGCUUCUGUUUUUUUGUGUUUUGCUGUUUAUCUUUAAUCUGUGUUUUUACCUAAAUAAAUUUGGGGGUUAUGAUCUGAAAGUGAAGCUACAAAUGUGCUGUGUUGCUUCACUUGCUAGUUUGUUUGCGUGAUUCUGCUGAUGUUUCCAUACAACUGCCAACUCUUAUAUGAGGGCAUUGCAGCUGUUUAUUAUAAUGGAAGUAUAAUAAAUGAAUAAAUACUAUUUUUAUUAUAA